UGUAAGUAGACUAUUUGAUGUAAAAUUCAAAUAAUGACGUUUGUGAUGAGAAAAUGAAGUUUUUUGACAUGCAAAGAUAUGCAAAUGAGGUGAAUUAAUAAAUAUCCAGUAUGGGGAUAAUAAAAUCGUUUUUGAGAAAGGACCCCGGGACACCUAUUAAAGGAUGGGUCCCACGGAUCAAAAACCUACUAAUACACCACUUUCGAGGCAUCUUUGGAACUUUGAUACUAAUCAUAUUAAUAAUAUUAUUUUUGACUUCGGAAAGCCUAUUUGGAAAGGCAAUGCAUCCCGUGACAUUUAUGUGCCUAUGGAUGGUGGUAUUUUGGCUCCUGCAGCCAAUAAGCGUGCCAGCCACCGGAUUUAUUCCAAUUUUCUUUCUACCUGCGACUGGUAUACUAUCAAGCACUCAGGUUUGCAAGUGUUACUUCAACGAAAACAUUGCAAUAUUUAUCUUGUCUGGAAUGGUGCUGUUACUACUAAAUUUGUCGGGAAUGGAUAAACGUAUUGUGUUGAAAUUGCUGUGUUGCGGUGAUGUUAACAAAUUUACUGGGAUAAGCAUGGUGGGAAAAAGUGCUAUAGCAGCAUUUUUUCUGUCGAUGUUCUGUAACCGCCUACUUUUGACGUCUGUAAUAGUUCAAUAUAUUACGCCAGCAUAUCAAAACUUGCAGUCAUAUACAUCAAGAUAUCGAGCCACUGAGCCCAACUAUGAUGAAAUGAGAUACAUCGUGCUUAGCUGUGUUCAAACUUCAGCUGCUAUUGGUGGCACGGCUAUUCUCCACUCCUCGUACGCCACUCUAGCAAUGCGUGCAAUUUUCGAAAGCAUCAAUGGAAGUGGUAGUCCUUAUCCCGACGUUUUCAGUUUUACGCAGUAUUUUAUAUUUGCGUUUCCGUUGGCUUUUGGAAUUUUCAUUUUGAAUACUGGCUAUCAUAUGGUUUUGAUCAAUAGAGUUACCAAGAAGAAUAUGAGCAUAAGUAGUAAGACAGAAAUGAUGAAUUCAAUGCUAAAAUACAAGAGUACAAUACCAAAAAGCGCUACGUGCCAUGAACUGCUGACGAUUUUUUCGAUCUUUCUUUAUACACUUGCAAUGUUUGGAGUUUCUUCACAAUCCACCUUUCUGAAUAUACGCUCUCCGCAGUUACCGAGAUUACGAGAAGCGACCGUUGCAGCUCUGUUUGUUUUACUAUUGCAUGUGGUACCGAGGUCUUGUGGUUUCCCCAAACUAGUGAAAGCUAAAAAAAGGAGUGAAUUAGGAGUGUUGAAACCUGAGUCAGCGAUAUUGUGGUGGAAAUACGUUGACCGGAACAGUAAUUAUGGUUACAUUUUUUUAAUAGGUGCCGGAGUAGCUAUCCACACUGCAUUGUUUACCAAGGGAUUAACUAUUAUGAAUUCAGUGCCAGGUGGCCUCUCCCCGUGUUCAUUGUUAUUAAUAGUUGGAAUAAUAGCUGUUAUCUUGGCUAACAUAAUGAGUGGUGUGGCGGCUUGUUGCUGCUUGCUACCGAUUAUUCUUAAUUUGAUUGUAUCUUCACUGGUGACACCAAACAUCUACAGAAUGGCACUAGCUGUGGGGAUUGGAUCUUCUUUUGGUUUCAUGUUUCCAUUUCUAUACACGCCAGCUUACUACGUUCACUACGAGGGAAAAGUUCCAAUACACAAAAUGGUAAUAUACUCCAUCGGCUCCUUAAUAAUAUGUAUUCUUCUGCUGUGGCUUGCUGUAUGCUAUUGGGCACCGAUACUCUUCAGCGAUACGGGUGUUGUACAAGUAACAACUCUGCCACCAGAAGAAGCAGCACCUCCCGCCGGAGGAGGCUAGACAGAUUUAUUAUAAUAAAAUAAAUAAGCAUCUAAAACUGUUUAUGAGAUUAUUGGGCGGUGGAACAUACCAUAGUUCAGACUUAGUAAAGUGUGACAGCAAUCUUAGGGCUCAUACUCACUAGCGGUUAGAUGUUUGUUCGAUUAGUUUGAGCAGCAAACUACGAUGUUGAAUCGCGACAAGCGGUUUGUCCGCUCGAAAGCAUAGUACUGUUGGCCCAUGAACAAAACCGAUACAGACAAUUGGGGUUGUGGCCUAUUGAUAUUCCCCAAAAGAAAAAAAUCCAAAAGAUUAUUUGUUUUGUAUAUAACCAGAAAACAUAAAGAUUCUAGUUAGUUUAGAAGUUCUCUCCAAGAACCAUAAAGAAGGAGUAUAAAGGUUAUUACUAUCAUUCUAACAUUGUCGCCAUUAUAUAUCUUAAUUAUGCUGCUCCUUGACAAACUUAGCUUCCUACCGUUGAAUUUCAAGAAUUAAUUUCUUUUUAUGAUGUUUAAGGCUAAACGUCUGAUGAACAUGAUCUAAAGCACCCAUGAACUACUUAUAUAUAAGUACAUAUUACAAACUUAUAUAUAAAUGUAAAACUACGGCUAGCCGCACACUUUUAUAAUAAUGUCACAGCUUAUAAUUUGUAUAGGGUUGGGUACAAUGAAAAGCUGUUAAUUAGCUUUUGACAAAGCGGCCUACCGCGCGGCUAGCAACCAAUGGUAACCGCUAGUGUGUACAAAGCCUUAAUGCCUGCCUCGAUGUUAGUAAAAACAACUGAAAUACAAUAUGUUGUCGGUCGCUGCAUUGUCACUGUUUCAUGAUAUUUUUGAUGAAUAAAAUAGUUUAUACUAAAGAAAAUUGAUUGAAAAAAGACAUAAUAUGAUGCAAUUUUUAAAAAUAUAUUUAAUUAAAUUAAAAGUGUAACAUAAUAUUUUGUGCUAAACACUGGGUCCAAGCACAUCAUCACAGCUUUCAAAAUCAACUGAACUACUUUUAGACUGAGCCAUAAUCAAUGAAUUCAGGUGUAGAACUAAAAAUCUUAAUAUUUUUCAACUGUUAAUAAAUAUUUUUACUGAUUCUGUUAUAUAUAUAUAUAAACAUGUACCACAAUGAAAGAUUUUUUGGUGUAUUUAUAUUAUUUUUAAAAAUUAUAAAUAAAUGAUCUGAAAAUAUAAUAAAA